AAAUCCCAUUUUUCCCAACGGCUUGUCUCGUCUCUCUCGACUUGCUCCAGUCUUCCAGAAUCCCAUAUUUCCUCUUCGCGGAUUUUUCAAACAUUCUUUGUACCUGGGCUUCAUCUGACAUAUCGCUUCUGCGAGUGGCUGGGCAUUUUUGUUGUCGAACGAGUGAGUUCGAGACUUCGAGUUCCCUGACUUGUGAGUUGUGACAGUGGAAUUCUCGAAAGUGUAACUUCACAGUUUUCGUUGAAAUUCUACUUUUCAGAUUUCAUAGGUAGAUUGUACCGUUCAAGCGAUGGGGGUAGAUUUUGCAGAUUCAAGGCGUGAAAGAAGCAUUGAGAUGAGGGAUCAAGAUGAUCAAUCUAUGAGAGAGAGGUGGGGUGGUGGAUACGAUGAUAUGGAAGAAAAUGUGUCUGAUGAACUAAGAGAGAGUCAGGCAAGUAUCGAAGCAAAGAUAAGAGCAAAAGCAGUGGUCGGAAGGAGGAUAAAGAGCAUAGGAUUAGAGAUCGUGAAAAGUCUAAGAGUGAGAUUUUGAAGGAAACAGAGAAAGAGAGCAAAGAUACAGAGAAAGAGAGAGUAUCCAGUAGGGAUAGAAGGAAGGAUGACAGAGAUGAGCGGGGAAAGGACAAGACACGGGACAAGGUACGGGAGAAGGAUACUGAUUGCGACAAGAAUGGGGACAAAGAGAGAGAUAAAGACCGUAAGGACCGGGGGAAGGACAAGGAGAUGGAGAAAGUAUUGGAGAAGGACGGUGAGAGAGGACGAGAUAAAGAGGGUGUAAAAGAUAAGAGCAGAGAAAAGGUUAAAUAUAGGGAAAGGACAAAAGAGAGGGAGCGAGAAAAGCACAAAAAUAAGGAAAGGGAGAGGGAUAGGGAAAAUGACAGGGACAUGGGUAAAGAAGCAGUUGAGAGAGAGAAGGGGAAGGAGAGAACUAGGGAGAAGGAAAAGCAGGACAAGGGAAGGACAAGGGAUAGAGAUAGAGGUAGUCGGAAACACAAGGAUGAGAGUCAUGAUCGGAGAAAGGAUUUGGAAAAGGAUGAUAACUCAAGAUUAGAAACUAAUUAUUCUCAUGAUGAGCAUAUCACUCAGGAGGGAAUGGAUUAUUUUGAUGAGGGCAACUCCAGAGCUCUCAAGACUAAACAAAGUGCCGAGGCUGAAGAUGCUAGAUCUCUCCAACCAGCAUCUGAGUUGGAGGACCGCAUUUUAAAAAUAAGGGAAGAAAGAUUGAAGAAUAAGUCAGAAGGUGGUUCCGAGGUUUUAGCAUGGGUAGACAAGAGCAGAAAGCUUGAAGAGAAAAGAAAUGCUGAAAAAGAGAAAGCCUUGCAGCUGUCAAAAAUAUUUGAGGAGCAGGAUAAUGUCAAUGAAGGAGAAAGUGAUGAAGAGGCAGCACCACAACAUUUCACUGCUGAAAACCUAGGUGGGGUCAAAAUUCUUCAUGGGCUUGACAAAGUACUUGAAGGUGGAGCUGUUGUAUUGACACUCAAAGAUCAGAGUAUACUUGCUGACGGUGAUAUCAAUCAAGAGAUUGAUAUGCUUGAAAAUGUGGAAAUGGGAGAGCAAAAGCGGAGGAAUGAAGCUUAUAAGGCUGCAAAGAAGAAAAUUGGGAUUUAUGAUGACAAGUUUAAUGAUGAGCCCGGUGCUGAGAAGAAAAUGCUUCCCCAAUAUGAUGAUCCGGUUGCUGAUGAGGGGAUAACUCUUGAUGCAAGUGGACAGUUUACUGGUGAAGCAGAAAAGAAACUAGAAGAGCUUCGUAAAAGAUUACAGGGGGUUUCUGCAAGUAAUCUUGUUGAAGUUCUGAAUUCAACUGGGAAGAUCUCAACAGAUUAUUAUACCGAAGAAGAAAUGCUUAAAUUUAAAAAACCCAAGAAAAAGAAAUCUUUGAGGAAGAAGGAGAAAAUGGACUUAGACGCUCUUGAAGCAGAGGCUAUAUCUACUGGAUUGGGUGCUGAGGAUCUUGGUUCACGAAAUGAUGGCAGAAGGCGGAAUCUCAGAGAGGAACAAGAGAAAUCUGAAGCUGAGAUGAGAAGCAAUGCUUACCAGUCUGCAUAUGCUAGAGCAGACGAGGCAUCUAAAGCACUUCGACAAGGACAAACACAUACCGUGAAGCCAGAAGAAGAUGAUGCUCCUGUGUUUGAUGAUGAUGAUGAGCUCUGGAAAUCAUUAGAAAGGGCGAGAAAAUUAGCAUUGAAAAAACAAGACGAUAAAGAAAAAUUUGGUCCAAAGGUGAUAGCCCAACUUGCUACUUCCAGUACCAAUAAUUCAACUGUGGACAACCAAAAUUCUGGGGCUGGAGAGCCACAGGAGAACAAGGUUGUCUUCACGGAGAUGGAAGAAUUUGUCUGGGGUCUUCAGCUUGAUGAAGAAGCACAAAAACCUGAGAGUGAAGAUGUUUUUAUGGAUGAAGAUGUGGCUCCAAGCACGUCUGAUCAGGAGAAAAAUGAUGAAGGUAGAUGGACAGAGGUGGAAGAGACAAUGAAAGACGAGACUUCUGCUGAGGCGGAAGUGGAGGCUGUUCCUGAUGAAACAAUUCAUGAAUCUGCUGUUGGAAAGGGUCUAGCUGGGGCGCUCAAACUUCUUAAAGAUCGAGGAACGCUCAAGGAAACCGUUGAAUGGGGUGGACGAAAUAUGGACAAGAAAAAAAGCAAACUUGUUGGCAUUUAUGACAACGAUAAAGCGAAGGAAAUACGCAUUGAGAGGACAGAUGAGUAUGGACGAAUUUUGACACCAAAAGAAGCCUUUCGGCUGCUCUCACACAAAUUCCAUGGAAAAGGGCCUGGAAAAAUGAAACAAGAAAAGCGCAUUCGGCAAUAUCAGGAGGAGCUGAAGAUAAAGCAGAUGAAAAAUGCAGAUACACCAUCACUUUCUGUGGAGAGAAUGAGGGAGGCUCAAGCUCAAUUGAAGACACCCUAUCUUGUACUCAGUGGCCAUGUUAAACCUGGGCAAACUAGUGAUCCCAGAAGCGGAUUUGCUACUGUCGAGAAGGACUUCACUGGAGGCUUGACCCCCAUGCUUGGAGAUAAAAAGGUUGAGCACUUCUUGAAUAUGAAGCGCAAGCCUGAAGACGGUGUCUCCCACAAGAAGCCUAAAACUUGAAACAUAUAUCCAUCGCAUGUUCAGUGCACACAUGUAGUCGCAUUCGCAUUACAACAAUGAUCAUAAAAGAUAGCAUGCGUAGAAUUUAAUUUCAGAAGCUCUUCAGUCUCCAUUAUGUUCUCUCAACACAUAAAUGGAUUAUGGAUCCUCAAGACGUGUGUUAUUGUCUUUGAGAAAUUGAGAAUGAAUGUAACUCAUGACUUGCAUACUCCUAAAUAUAUUUUGAAACGAUAA